AUGAAUGUCCCCGAAAUGGAUACCGUGCAUUGGAACGAUGCAUCUUUCAAAAGCUCUGAAGAUGAUACAAGCAGUGAGAGUACGGAACAAUCAGAAGAUGAAUUUACCGAAAGUGAUGAAAGGAUUGCAUUUCGACCUCACAGGCUAGGGUAUGAUCCUUUGACAUACGGAUCGGAAUUAUCUCAAGUGAAGGUGUGGAAAGAAUUAAAAGCAUUCAAUCCAGAGUCGGAAUGGCGAAGCAUGAAGAACCUCGUUAGCAAAUCCAACGAAGAUGACCAGCAAACGCACCGAGAUCCCAUCAACUUUGAUUGUGCUCCCCCAAAAAAUCCUACCCAUGAUCUGAAAAUUGUCAUUGCUAGAAUAUUUUCCGCAUUUGCAAGGCUUUCGCGAGCAUCCUUUGGACAAACUUCCAAGAUGGCAUUGUUGGAAGAGUCAGGUGUACGUUCUUUACUCCAUGAGAAUGAGCACCUCCAACACACCUUCCUCAGCACGCUUUCGGAACCGGCUCAGAAAUUUCUUUUGAAGGUUCUCAUGGGUAACCUCCAGCAUUGUGCGGAGGCCGAGCUAGGAGAUCCUCGAGAGUUGCCAGUGCAAGAUACUGGAGGCACAUAUAUUGGUGUGCUCAUGAACCAGAAUUGUGAUGUAUCUGCUGUCUAUGUCGGUAGAUCCCAAUCUUUACUACACCGAUUCAAAGGCCAUUAUGCAGAGAUUGCGAAAGCUGUAUAUAGCGAUGAACAGAAGCGCCGUCUUGAGAGCUUUUUUCAUGAAUAUGCCGCAUCCGCAUUGGAGAAGGAGGGAUCCUUGUUUUUUCUGCCUGCAAACAUUCUUACGGUACCAUCGCAAGAGAUCGGUCUGCCUGCUGUGUCUUAUAUCGGACUCAACUCUACUCCCUGCAUGGAACAGGCGCAACUCUUUUCGCCACAGGGCGAGCUCCGUCCUAAUGCUUCUAUUGCACCGAUCGCCUGUGCUUUACAUAACACAUACUUAUACUACGGCAUUCUGUGUCAAAGUGGACUAAAUUUCGAGUCUUUUCGAAUACUGAAAGCUGAAGCAUCUAUCCACUCAAGACGUGAACUUGAGAGAAUCAAGUUUGCACGACUACUACAAUCAGGAUCUCGUUGUUGUGGUCCAUUCUUACAUGCCUUCCAACUUCUUCUUCCUGGAAGAGAGUUCCAACUCAGAAUCAAGAGAAGCAAGAUCAAAUUGAAAGCACAGACAUUUUUUCCUUGGAAGGCGAGUAAUUUCGGAGGCUUUUUCAUACCAAAAUAUUGUUUGCAAGAGAUUUUGAAACGCUCUGGAGUCGAUAACGAAAGCCGGCAACCGCUACUUUUAUCGAUCCGUUUGCUUACAGGGGAUAUCAGUGAAAAAACGGAUCUAUUUCCCAAUAAUUCUGAAAGAUUUGAACAUAUCUUCCUGAGAAAGAAAUGGCUCGGAGACUGCAAAGAUCCAGAUGUAGGAGAGCUCCUCAUGGGUAGUAUGCCCCUCUCCAGGCAGGGUCGCGCAAUUAUAGCUUUUUUAAAUAGUGGCGAACGCGUUACUGUGCCUAUGGCGGAUAAUAUCAGGACGCUUUUCUCAAAGAUGAACGAGGAAAAAGAAUUUUUUUUCGUGAAAUUGGUCUUUAACUCCCGUCAACCAUUAUGGGAAGGACCAGAAUUGUCGCAAGACAUGAGAGAAUCUCUGAAAGGCGUUGGCUUGAUUCUUUUUUCCACCUCCUUGGGUCAAUGGGUUCCAAUCUUUGCCGAUUUUCGUCUGGGGAGUGAAAUGUCCAAAUUCACCAAGCUGGCACACAAAGCUGCGUUGGAAGGAAGAGCACAAUCCUCACCAGACGCACUCGCUUCAUCCACUCUCGCAGAGGUCGUGCCAAGCGCUGAGCUUGACGAAGAUGAUCCGGCUUUCAAAAUUCUCUCACGAACGCUACCUGCAAACUCAUCAAGGCGCAUAAACAUUUAUGGUCGUGACAGCCCAAGAAUAUUCAUACCGAUAAAAGUGGUGGCAAAAUGGUUUCCAAAACUCAACUAUCCAAGUGGACAACGCAUCUCUGUAAAAAUUGAAGGGAAAACAGCAAAGGCGGCAGAAGAGGUAAGAAUUCUUGUCAGACUUGACACUUCUGGUGUCGGUCAAAAUGUAGGUAUUUGGUAUGAUAUCCUGACUUACACUAGAAGUCAAAAACCUUCAAAAGAGAUGUGGAAUUACAUCCAACGAAGGCAGAAAGCUGGCAACUAG